UGUAGACUGUACCCUGUACCUGUAGUGUAGUGGAAUGGGUUGAAUUGGAGUUUAUUUUUGUUAUUCUUCCAAUUUAAUAUAAAGUGAAGUAAAAGCAACACCUAUUAUUAUACAAUGUGGACAUUGCGCCCAAUUGCGCAGUCUUCUUUAAGCUACACCAGAAUGUGUUUUUUAGUCAAUUGUUUAAAGCGAUUCAAGAGCUCUCAGCAAUGGUUAAGUCGUCAAAGAGUAGAUCCUUAUGUUGAAAAGGCAAAGAUAAAUAACUAUAGAUGUCGCAGUGCAUUCAAACUCCUUGAAAUGAACGAAAAGACGAAUAUACUCACACCAGGCCUUACGGUCAUUGACCUAGGAGCUUCACCAGGCUCAUGGACUCAGGUAGCAGUGCAAAAAACGAAUGCUGAUGGAGCAGAUCCCAAGAAACCUAAAGGGACUGUGUUGGCCAUUGACAAACUGCAAUUAUUUCCUAUUGAGGGAGCAACAAUUUUAAAUAAUAUGGAUUUUUCUACAAUUGAGGCACAUGAUAAGGUGAUAAAGGCCCUAGGGGACAAGAAAGUAGACCUGGUUCUAUCAGACAUGGCCCCGAGUGCCACCGGCGUGCGGGAGCUGGACAAGGACCGCAGCCUAGGGCUCUGCUACAUGGCCCUAAGGUUUGCAGCACUAGUCACCAAGGUUGAUGGCAACUUAUUAAUCAAAGUAUGGGAUGGGAAAGAAGUACCAAUCUUAGAAAUGGAUUUGGAAAGGUUUUAUAGACAAAUAAAAAUAUUAAAACCAAAUGCCAGCAGGUCAGAAUCGUCAGAAAAGUUUAUUCUUGCAAGAGGAUUCAAGGGCAUUCAGAAGCCCUUGGAAAAUGGCCGCUGGGGGUAACAUGUACCUGAAUGUCAAAGCAGCUAAUAAUAAGUCUUCCAAUACAAUUGAGGAUAAAGUUAGUCAUUAUAUGUAUAAUUAUAUAGUUUUUAGACAGUCCAUUAUAUUACCUGUACUUCAGAUCUUUAUCUUUCUACCUUGUAUUAAAAGAAGAUUACUCGGUCCCUUGCAGUACCCGUGGUAGGAAGACCCACGGGGUUAUAUUUCAUAAUACCUAGAUAACUGAACUGGUCAAAUGGUAAGUGUGUUGCCCUUGUAAAAUUAUAGCUUAGUACUCUAAUGUAUAUAAUGAUGUUUAUUAUAAGCACAAAUAUUGACUUUCGUCAUAGUACAAUCUAGAGAUAAAGUAAUCAAGAUAUACUCAUAGUACUUAACCAUUAGUCAUGAUGUUGCCAUCUAUACAAAGUUUAUAAUUAAUUGAAAUAAAACACUUGAUUAUAAAAGA